AUGAGCAACAUCCGAGUCGCAAUUGUCGGUGGCGGUCCCGCCGGCCUCACGCUCGCACGGCUCCUCCAACUCAACAACCUCUCGUGCACUGUUUUCGAACUUGACUCCGACUCGCUUGGACGAGUUCAAGGCGGAACAGUCGACUUGCACCCACGGGGAGGCCAGCUCGCCCUGCACCAUGCAGGUUUGACCGAGGAAUUCAGGAGGCUUUCUCGUCCAGAAGGUGAAGCAAUGAAGUUGCUCAAGUAUGACGGCACCAUUGUCUAUGACGAGAAUACCAUGGGCAAUACUCGACCUGAGGAGUAUGCGGAUCGCCCAGAGAUUGAUCGAACGAAGUUGCGGCAAUUGCUCCUCAAUUCGUUGAGACCGGGGACCGUGGUUUGGGGCAAGAGGCUGCAAUCUGUACAGAAGUCGUCAUCACAGGCUGGGAAAUAUGACCUCCAUUUUCAAGACAGCAUGGAGGGAGGAUUCGACCUCGUCGUUGGUGCAGAUGGAGCUUGGUCGAAAGUGCGCUCAUUCCUCACAGACAAGCAACCCUAUUACUCGGGCAUUACUGCCAUUGAGCUGUGGGCCUCGGAAGUCGACAAAAAGCACCAGUGGUUGAGCGACUUCGUGGGUGCAGGGAAUUGCUUCAUGUUCGAUGAAGGGCGGGCAAUUCAAUGUCAGAAACUGGGAAACGACAGCAUCCGAGUCUACGCUGGUGUGCGACAACCCGAAGACUGGCUUGAGAAAUGUGGGAUCGACUGGUCUUCACCCGUGGAAGCAAGAAGGGGCCUCGUUGAGAAGUAUUAUGCCGACUGCAGUGACGAUCUGAAGCGAGCCAUCUUAGACGCGAACGACAAGCUCGUCCCGCGCCGAAUGUGGAUGUUGCCCGUAGGCUUUCGGUGGAAGUCCCAUGUAGGAGUGACGUUACUGGGAGACGCUGUUGGACAAAGCCUCUUUCACCUCACCGCAAACGGUAGACUGGAGGCGCUUAUAAAGAUAGGCUCUCACCCCCAGGUAGAUUGUAGAUCCUUAAGCAAUACAUCAUCCUUUAAAACAGACGCAGCUCAUGUGAUGACUCCUUUUGCAGGCGUCGGGGUCAACCUUGCCAUGGUCGAUUCCUUGGACCUUGCGAAGGCCAUCAUCGGCUGCGCCGGGGACUGGGAAAAGUUACCGGAUGGUAUCAAAUCGUAUGAGGCUGAGAUGCUGAGUCGGGCCGAGCAGUUCGCAAAGAAGACUUACAAAGGCUUGAUAAAUCAUUUCAGCACUGAUGGAUGCGAGGAAAUGGCCGGACGCUUGAGAGGAAGAUAG